AUGUUCUUCACUUCUCUCAUACUGGCACAUCUUGUAAUGAAUCUACUGAACCUUCCUUUCAUUAUCAUUGCAUUAGCUGCUGGUGAGUGGAUCUUUGGUAGUACAGAUGAGGAAAAAAGGGGGACAUGUUACUUCAAAGAUUUUAUUUUUUGGUGGAUGGUAGUAGUCAUGUUAACAACACUAGCUGCUAUAUCAUUUGAUCGGUUUCUUUUUAUCGUCAAACCACAUCUUCACAAGCAGUUCAUGAGACCCUGGGUAGCACUGACCCUCACCAUUGCUAUCUGGAUACUGUCUGCUGUAUUGAGCAUUGUUCAUCUCUUUGGGUUUCACUCGUAUACUGAUAUUUGUCUUCCAUCAACUACUGGCAUUGGCUUCAGUGUCUAUGCCAUUCUUUUAUCAGCUAUUGUACUUGGGAUAAUAUUCGUCACUUCUCUUUGGACCUUUUGUUUCACUAGAAGGUUCUUCAAAGAUCAGUCAGUGAUAGCAGGAGAGAGUGUUUAUAUCUCAAAAAAGAAGAGACUCUUUGGAAUAUUUGGAAGCAUGUUACUCAUCUAUGGGAUAUGCUUUGUACCUGCUGUCCUCUACUUCCUGCUUCGUCUGUUUAUUGAUGUACCAAUAUGGUUUAUCAUUGUGGCUAUCAUUUGCUUCCACUUCAUUACAGUCAUCAAUCCUGUUAUGCAGUCAUACUUCAGGCCUGAAAUUAAAAGUGUUAUUUUCACAUGUUGUCCACUUCAUAUUUGUGUAUGCUGCUAA